GGUGGUGCGGCGGCGGCGGCUCCAGCCUCGCUCCGGGGUCCCUCUCGGGGCUGACGCCCGCAAAUAUGCAGAAUUACCGGCCGGGUCGCUCCUAAAGCCAGCGCCGGGGAGCGAGCACGGCGGCGGCCAGCACCGGGAACGCACCAAGGAAGAGGCCCAGCCCCCGCCCUCCGCCCUCCGCCCCUUCCGUCCCCACCCCCUACCCGGCGGCCCAGGAGGCUCCCGGCGCGGCGGGCGCGGCGAGCGCGCACUCCCUGCUCCUCCUCCUCGCUGGCGCUGCCUGCCUCUCCGCACUCGCUGCUCGCGCCGGGCGCGCUCCGCCGGCUCCCUGCUCUCCGCGCCACCCUCCUCCGGGCCGCGCUCCCUGAGGGAUGGUACUGAAUUUCGCCGCCACAGGAGCCCGGCUGGAGCGCCCGCCCCGCGGCCUCGCCUCCCCGCCGAGCCGCCAGCGCCUCGGGACGCGAUGAGGACCUGGGCUUGCCUGCUACUCCUCGGCUGCGGAUACCUCGCCCAUGCCCUGGCCGAGGAAGCCGAGAUCCCCCGCGAGGUGAUUGAGAGGCUGGCGCACAGUCAGAUCCACAGCAUCCGGGACCUCCAGCGACUCCUGGAGAUAGACUCCGUAGGGGCUGAGGAUGCUUUGGAAGCGAGUCUGAGAGCCCACGGGAGCCAUGCCACCAAGCAUGCACCUGAGGAGCCGCCCGUGCCCAUCCGGAGGAAAAGAAGCAUUGAGGAAGCCAUCCCCGCGGUCUGCAAGACCAGGACGGUCAUUUAUGAGAUACCUCGGAGCCAGGUCGACCCCACGUCUGCCAACUUCCUGAUCUGGCCCCCGUGCGUGGAGGUGAAGCGCUGUGCAGGCUGUUGCAACACCAGCAGCGUGAAGUGCCAGCCUUCCCGCGUCCAUCACCGCAGCGUGAAGGUGGCCAAGGUGGAGUACAUCAGGAAGAAGCCAAAGUUAAAAGAAGUGCAGGUGCGGCUGGAGGAGCAUCUGGAAUGCACAUGCACAGCCAGCGGUCUGAACCCGGACCACCGGGAGGAGGAGACGGGAAGGCGUAGGGAGUCAGGUAAAAAACGGAAAAGAAAAAGGUUAAAACCCACCUAACGCAGCCAACCAGAUGUGAGGUGAGGAUAAGCCAGCAGCCCUUUUCCGGGACACGGAUGUACAUGGCGUGUUACAUUCCUGAACCUACUAUGUACGGUGCUCAUUGACAGCGUGCGGUCUUUGUUCUCCUCCGUGAAAAACCGUCUCCGUGCACACUCUGGAGAACAAAGAGACAGUAUACAUUUGUUUAAUGUGACAUCAAAGCAAGUAUUGUAGCACUCGGUGAAACAAUAAGAAGCUUCCUUGUCAAAAAGAGAGAGAGGGAGAGAGAGCAAAGAGAACCACAAAACAUGACAAACAAAACGGACUCACAAAAAUAUCUAAACAGUUGUUGGAAUGGAGGGACACCCCCGUGGGAUGGAAGCGAUGUGCCUCGGCGGACCGGAUUUCUGUCCAGGGUUACAGGUGCUUCUGCCAGGGACACAGCCUGCUUUCUGGAGGACUCCGGGCGGGGGCCAAGGGCCCUGAGGGCACGUGGGAGCAGGGAUAUCUCAGAACCACCACGGGACUUAGAAACACAUCUCCUUGCCGUAGUGUUUAAGUCUAUACAGAAACCUUCCCGAGAGCCUUAAGUGGAUUUUUUUUUUUACACCAUAAAGUGAUUAUUAAGCUUUCCUUUUUACUCUUUGGCUAGCCUUUUUUUUUUUUUUUUUUAAUUAUCUCUUGGAUGACAUUUACACCGAUAACACCAGGCUGCUGUAAGUCAGGACGGUGGGACCGUAUUUCCCCUCGCAGGAUGCAAACAAAUGAGAUGUAUUAAAAUAAACAUGGUAUAUCCACCUAUGCAUCACUUCCUAAAUGUUUCUGGCUUUACGUGUUUCUCCCCUGCUCCAUUUUAUCUUACUUUUUAAUUUAAGCCAUUUCGAGAGAACUAUGCGUGAACCAAUCGAGUCCGUCCCAGGCCUGCCGUUCCCAGUCCUCGCCACAGCGAGGUGGCCCUGUGCCAGUGUUUGGACAGAAUCUAAAUUCUUUAUUUUUGGUAAGAUGUUACGCUUUACAUGUAUUCAACAGAAAUGUGUGUGUGUUGUGUUUUUGUUUUUGUUUUGUAAAGGUGAAGUUUGUAUUUUUAUCUAAUAUUACCAGUUUUGUAUACCUGAGAGCCUGCUAUGUUUUUUCUUUGAACCAAAAGGAAAAAGAAAAACCCACCAACAAAACCCAUACACGUGAAAAGUGCUUUGUGGUCACAUUUUUCUAGUUGCGUAACUGAGUCUAGACCCUGUCUCCUGUCACGGGGCCCGCCGCUCGGAGGUGCCCCGGGCCGCCCCACUACGAGAACCUGCGCAGCGAGGCCUGCCCUUUGGGAUUCCGGAACCUGAUGGGCCAACAGUGCCAUCCUGCCCGGGUGUGUGGCCUCUUGGAGACGGCGGCCACGCGCCCAGCCGAGCAGCCAAGCAGACGAUGGGCUUCAUCCGGAAGUGAGUUGACUUCGGCGUCCGCGGGCCGAGCCAGUGAAGGCCGGCCGCCCUGUGUCGCCCGUGGCCCGCUCUCCCCGCUCCGAGCAGAGAGGCCGUGUGACUGUCACGAUCCCCUUGGUGCCUGUGGGGUCUCUGGAGCGAAAGCGAGCGUCUCUGGUGUUCGCGUGUUCAUGGGAGAGUUUUUAUAAAGGCAUUCCUUCAGCAGCA